GCAGCUUUCCGAGCGAGCGGGGGACAGGCUGAGGCGGCGCCAGCACAACUGCGCCGCUCGCCCGGAGAGGACCUGGGUGCCGGGAGAGAAAGCAAAGCCCGGAGCCCCAUCCCCUCUCUCCCCCGGGCUCUCCUGAGCCGACGGGCAGCUCGGCGGCCGCGCGCGGCCCCCUUUGCGGCCACUUCGCGGGGUGUGCCAGGACUUGGGGAGCGGCUUUGGAAGAGCCGGGGCGGGAGAAGGCGGCGGCGGAGAAAGGGGGCGCGCACCAGGACGGGAGAGGAGUGAGUGGCGGGCUGGGCGGCGGCGGCGGCCGUAGCCGCGGGUACCUCCCGGCCUCGCCGCUUCGCAGGCAGCACCGCCUCCCGGGCCGCGGCCGCCCGGCCGGGUCCUCUGCGCGUUCCCGGGCUCCGAGCCGGCGCACGAUGCGCCCGGCUGGGUUCUGAUCGCCGCCGCGCCGCCGCCUCCGCCGCGAUGAUCCCCCCCGAGCCGCCGCAGCAGCAGCUGCAGCCGCCGCCGCCGGCCCCGCCGAACCAUGUGGUGACCACCAUCGAGAACCUGCCGGCCGAGGGCAGCGGCGGCGGCGGCAGCCUGUCCGCCUCCUCCCGGGCUGGCGUACGCCAGAGGAUCCGCAAAGUGCUGAACAGGGAGAUGUUAAUCUCUGUGGCUCUGGGCCAGGUGUUAUCCCUUCUUAUUUGUGGAAUUGGCUUGACCAGCAAGUACCUGUCAGAAGAUUUCCAUGCCAAUACACCAGUCUUCCAGAGUUUCCUCAAUUACAUCCUUCUCUUCUUGGUCUAUACCACCACACUAGCUGUCAGACAAGGAGAAGAAAACCUCCUGGCAAUUUUACGACGAAGAUGGUGGAAAUAUAUGAUCCUGGGACUCAUCGACCUGGAAGCAAAUUAUCUGGUGGUCAAGGCUUACCAGUACACGACUCUGACCAGUAUUCAGCUCUUGGACUGCUUUGUGAUCCCCGUGGUGAUUUUGCUCUCCUGGUUCUUCCUGCUGAUUCGGUACAAGGCUGUGCAUUUCCUCGGCAUUGUGGUCUGCAUCCUGGGAAUGGGCUGCAUGGCAGGAGCGGAUGUCCUCGUGGGAAGGCAUCAGGGAGCAGGGGAAAAUAAGCUGGUAGGGGACCUUCUGGUCUUAGGAGGAGCCACGUUAUACGGUAUUUCCAACGUCUGGGAAGAAUACAUCAUCCGAACCCUGAGUCGAGUGGAAUUUCUGGGGAUGAUUGGACUCUUUGGGGCUUUUUUCAGCGGAAUUCAAUUAGCCAUAAUGGAGCACAAGGAGCUGUUAAAGGUGCCCUGGGAUUGGCAAAUAGGACUGCUCUACGUUGGCUUUAGCGCCUGCAUGUUUGGCCUCUACAGCUUCAUGCCAGUCGUCAUAAAGAAGACCAGUGCCACUUCAGUCAACCUCUCCCUGCUCACAGCAGAUUUGUACAGCUUGUUCUGCGGACUGUUUCUCUUCCACUACAAGUUUUCAGGGCUUUAUCUCCUGUCUUUCUUCACCAUCCUCAUCGGGCUGGUGCUCUACUCCUCCACCUCCACAUACAUAGCCCAGGACCCCCGAGUGUACAAGCAGUUCCGCAAUCCUUCGGGCCCCGUCGUGGACUUACCGGCCACAGCUCAGGUGGAGCCCUCGGUCACCUACACCAGCCUGGGCCAGGAGACUGAAGAGGAGCCCCACGUGCGUGUGGCCUAGGACGAGGCCCCCCCGCCCACUGAAGUCACCUCCGUGGCCACGUUGUUCGCCCUUCAUCUCCGUAUUGUACAUAGAGAAAGGUAUUUAUUAGGUGUGUGUACGCAGGUGGACUGCAAGGUAGCAAAUCUGAAAGCCUGUGAGAGGCACAAGCUAACCAUCCCUGGAGACACGGGCUCCAACCCACCUGACUUAGCAAGACGCCUAGCUAGUGUGUAUCCUGAUCGCGACCCUCCUGCAUUAAUUACUGUGAAAACUUUUGAAUUAAAAGCAAGUAUUGUUAUUAUUUGUA